AUGGCAACGUCUACAGGAGAAGUCACAAGCAACAGCGACUGGAUGUCGCAACUAGCACCUGAAGUCCACGACACGCCUCUCUAUAAACUGGCCAUACCAGGUAGCCAUGACUCAACGAGUUACGACUUGGACAUCAACUCCGCUAUAAUAGAACCUGAUGAACUGAAAAAAUUUAGCCCGAUACUAUGUGCACGUGAACUAGUGCGCACAGCGGCGACUACUCAGGAUGUGACUAUCACACAGCAGCUGGAUGCAGGAGUUCGCUACUUUGACCUGAGGAUCGCUCACAAGACAAAUGACCCAGAGCCCAAUAAGUUUUACUUUUAUCAUGGGCUGUGCACACGGACUGAUGUGGAGACUGUUUUCAGGGACAUAAAUGACUGGGCAGAGAAGCACCCCAAAGAGAUCCUCAUCCUGGCUUUAUCCCACUUCAAAGACUUCGACAACAACAUUGAAGAGCUCCACCAAACUCUUAUUGAAUCCAUCAAGACCGUGUUUGGAGCCAAACUCUGUAACAAGGUAAAGAUUAAUAAGAUCAUCUCAUAUUUAAAGUACCUAGAGUAA